GUCUUUUAUUCCAAUGGUCUCGUCAUUCGCCAAUUCGAUUCUGGAUUAAAUGUCGUGAGUUCCACGCGGUUAAUUUUUCUGCUGUGCGACUUUUUUUCUUUUCAUUUUUGUGUUUAGUGCGAUACGAAUACUGCCUUUACCUCCAAUGUGUCAAAAGUCAUUUUCCUUUCAAAAGUAUUUUCCAAAGCCGUAAGUUCCAUGCAUAUUAUUAUGUAUACAGCAUACAUAGGUGUCUUGUACUUGGGUAAUAACUAUACUUUUGGAUAAUUCUCGUUAACUAUUGUAAAUAUGAGACGAUAUUUAUUAUUGAACGUAUAAAAAAAGACAGUAUUACGUUGACGUUUUAGUAAAUAAAAAAUAAUGAUAAUACAUCUAUAUAAACAUUGCACGCGAAACGUAAUUAUAGUAUUAUCAUAAUACGGAAGUAAAUAUUAUACUAACCUACUAUAGCGGUGCGUAAUUUGAGGUCAGAAGACGUAUGGUAUGUUGUGUGGUGAAAUAAUUAGAUCCCCAAAUCGAAGUCCAUACGCUACGUUGUUGUCGUCUCUAUAUCCGAUGAUGACUGCUACAGUUGUUGAAGACGACAAUUUGCUUGAAAAUGGUCGUUUGAGUUAUGAGAAUCCAAACUAUCAUCUUGCUGGCACAGGUCACUUAGCCCUGGAUGAUGCAUUGAACUCAAACUUAACAUCAGCUACUGACUCUCCAGCUGGGUUUAAUUUAAAUGAUGAUUGUAUACUAUAUUCAGAGCUUUUGUGUCGUGAAUUUGAUACAGUAUGUAAUAUUAACACCGACAACAUAAACAGAAAACGCUACAAAUCAUUAGACUUGGGAUCAAUGGGCGUGGACGUGUUGGGACAGACGGGAAAAAAUUGGAAUACAAAUUUAAAUCGUAACGUAACAAGAGACAUGAAUAUUACGAAUCAACAUGAUUUAACAAAUGUAAGCAACCAAAACCAUCAAAGCAAUCAAAUGCAAGUGUCAUACGUAAAACCUGAUUUAAUCGAAGAAUCGGAGCAAACAAAAUGUAAAAGCGGAAAUAUAAACGAAAAACGCACACCACCAAAUACUCUGUCUUUAAACAAACAAAAGGAUACAUCUAAUAUUAACUUGGAUAUACAACAUAUACAAGGUGACUUGAAUAAUGAUUUGUAUGCAGUACCGAUGAAAAACUCUUCACACGAAUGCACCGAUGAAUUGCCAGCCGGAUGGGAAAAACAUGAAGAUAACGAUGGUCCUUAUUAUUGGCAUAUUAAAAGCGGAACAAUUCAGAGAGAACCUCCUGAAUACAGUGGUAAAAAUGAACCAAAAACACCAUUGGUCAAAGAUGCAGAAUCGGUAUUGAAUAGUUUUCAAAAUAACACCGGUGGCUUAGUAAGUUCAGUGACUAGAAGUACGACAAGCUCAGCUCUUGAAAAUCUUUGUUAUCAAAAGAAUAGAAAAGAAGACAUGGCUUAUAAACGAAGAAGUUAUCCAGCUCGAAUUGAAAACGAAAACAAAGGUAUACGAUUUGCUGUGCGUUCUUUGGGAUGGGUAGAAAUUUGCGAAGAUGAUUUAACCCCAGAAAGAAGUAGCAAAGCUGUGAACAAGUGUAUUGUUGAUCUAUCACUUGGACGUAACGACUUUAUUGAUAAUGUCGGACGAUGGGGAGAUGGAAAAGACCUCUUUAUGGAUUUAGACGAAGGAGCGUUGAAAUUAAUAGAUCCAGAGAAUCUCACAAUGUUGAAUACACAGCCCAUACACACAAUUAGAGUAUGGGGAGUUGGACGAGACAAUGGCAGGGAAAGGGAUUUUGCAUACGUAGCUCGUGACAGAAUAACUCGCAGACACAUGUGCCAUGUGUUCAGGUGUGACAUGCCUGCUCGUACAAUUGCUAACACUCUUAGGGACAUUUGUAAAAAAAUAAUGAUCGAGCGCAGUCUCCAGCAGAACAUUUCUAGAUCUACAGACAUAAAUACUGCAACGAAAAUGAAUCAGCCAGUCAGACCGACGAACCUUCCAUUGGAAUAUCGCAAACGUAGAAGUUACCGAGGCAGUUACUCUGCUACCACUAACUUGACUCAAUCAUUCCCUACACCGAUGGAAGAACCGCGAAAAAUCAUUCGAGCCACUUACUUGGGUUCAAUUGAAGUGAGCAAAGCAUCCGGAAUGGAUGUACUAAAUGACGCGAUUGUCGCUUUGGAAAAUUCUCCAACAUCGGUACCCCAAACGGUCACAGUAGCUGUAGCACCUUCAAUGAUUACCAUACAACAAGAUACUGAUGAAGGCGAUCAAGUGGUCGAAUGUCGAGUGAGGUACUUAUCAUUUUUGGGAAUAGGUCAAAAUAUAAAACAAUGCGCUUUUAUAAUGCAUACUACCCAAGAUCUGUUCAUUGCACAUGUGUUUGAGUGUGAUCCGUCCGCCGCAACACUUUGUAAAACUAUCGAAGCUGCAUGUAAAUUACGUUACCAAAAAUGUUUAGAUGCGCAUCCUCAAGGUUUGAAUCCAAAUGCAUCCUUAAGUCACAAUAUUUGUAGUCCAAAUGUAAAUGGCAUAUCAAGAAAAGGUAUCAGUUCUACAUUAAAAUCAUUGGUGGGCACCAUCACGGGUCGUAAAAUGAAAUUAACUCAAUCCUGAGAAGAAGUCUUCACGCUACAGGAAGAAUUAACAAAUCCUGGAGUGCGUGAAGUAAUACCUCAUCGACAUUUGCAGUCUCCACACACUAUAAAAUAUUAUGCUCUAUCGACCAGUUUACAGUCGUUGUUGUCACCAACCAUUGACAACCGAACCAUAAAUAACCCUUACUAAUUAUUUACUAAGACACUAAAUUGUGAUUAAUAAUCACUUAGGGAAAUGAAGCAUAUGAUGUAACUUUAGUUUACUCAUUUUGAGAUACCACUUAUCUAAAUAGGUAUAGAGUACUAUAGAAGAUGGUCCUUGAAUACAUUUUAAUUGUGGACUUGAUCUUUCUUGACCUUCAAAAGCUAUGUAUUAUUAAAUAAUAAUGUAUACUUAUAAAUAUAUAUAUAUAUUUAUAUAGAAAUUAGGCCUUCAAAUGUUGCUAAAAUUUAUAAUACGAAAAAAAUCUCAUUUAAAUUAAGCCAAAGCUGGUUUUUAUCAUUAGAAAAUAAAGAUGACAAUAACCUGAAGUUUUACAAGCAUGUAGACAAAUAUUUAAAAAGCACCUUUUUUUUAUUUUUUUAAAUGCUCCACAUAUCAAGCUUUAUUUAUUAUAUAUAUUUUUUUUUGACUGAUAUUUUUUUUUCUUCAAACAUAAUUAUUUAAAACCUAUUUAUAAAUAAAACAAAAUUAAAUUCCUACGAUUGAGUGAUCUCAAAAAUUUUGGUACAUGGGUUUGUAAAUUAAACAUAGCUUGUUAAAAAUUAUUCUUAUUUAGAGAACAUGCACAACUAUAUUGAUGUUGUGAGGUGUAGAGCUAAGCUUUAUAAGUGUUAAAAUAAAAAUUUAAAUAAAAAUAUUAACAAGUUCA